AUGGUGAGACGUAUCUUGUCUGAGGGGCAGCUGGAUGUCAACAGCAGGGACAGGCGGGAAAGGACACCGGUGAUAGCGGCAGCAUGCGCAGGACAUAAGGACGUCGUAAAACUUCUCAUAAAUGCAGGAAGUAAUGUGUCACUUGUUGAAGAUCAUGGUUACAACAUUUUUCACAUAGCCACUUGUAUAGGACACUUGGGGAUGGUAAAGCAUAUCUUAUCACAGAAUAUCCUUGACAUCAACAGUAGGACGAAGUGCAACAGGACACCUGUGAUGAUGGCAGCAAAAAGGGGUUAUAGAAAUGUGCUUGCCGUUCUUGUAAGUAAAGGAGCUGAUGUGUCAUUGAGAGAUCGACGUGGUAACAACAUCCUACUUUAUACCUGUGCUGGGGGACAGGUGGAGAUGGUGAAAUAUGUCCUCUCACUGAACAAGGUAGACAUCAACAGAAGAGGACAACGUGGAUGGACAUCAGUGAUGGUAGCAGCAAGACUGGGAAACAGAGAAAUGUUGGACUUUCUUAUAAGUAAAGGGAGUAAUGUGUCACUGACGGCAAAUGAAGAUACCAACAUCCUUCAUGCGGCUUGCAUUGGGGGACAUUUGGAGAUGGUUAAAUACGUUGUCUCUCAGGAUUUUGUAGACAUCAAUAGCAGACGUUGGAAUGGGAAGACACCACUGAUGUUGUCAGCAAUAAAGGGACACAGAGAUGUGUUUGAUUUCGUUCUGAGCAGAGGGGGUAAUAUGUCAAUGGUGACAAAAGAAGGCAAGAACAUCCUUCACUUGGUCUGUCAGAAUGGAAAUCUAGACAUGGUGAAGUUUAUUCUUUCAAAGAACCUUCUGGACAUUAACGCCAGGACUAACAAAGGUGGAAAGCAGUUCUCUCCUGAAAGAUACAUACAAGAUAAACCAUGUGACCAGGAGGGCAGGUCAAUGGACAACCAACUUCAUGAUGCAUGCUGGGAGGGGGACCUGAACAUGAAUAUCCUUGACAUCAACAGUAGGACGAAGUGCAACAGGACACCUGUGAUGAUGGCAGCAAAUAGGAGUUAUAGAAAUGUGCUUGCCGUUCUUGUAAGUGAAGGAGCUGAUGUGUCAUUGAGAGAUCGACGUGGUAACAACAUCCUACAUUAUACCUGUGCUGGGGGACAGAUGGAGAUGGUGAAAUAUGUCCUCUCACUGAACAAGGUAGACAUCAACAGAAGAGGACAACACGGAUGGACAUCAUUGAUGGUGGCAGCAAGACUGGGAAACAGAGAAAUGUUGGACUUUCUUAUGAGUAAAGGGAGUAAUGUGUCACUGACGGCAAAGGAAGAAACCAACAUCCUUCAUGCGGCUUGCAUUGGGGGACAUUUGGAGAUGGUUAAAUACGUUGUCUCUCAAUAUUUUGUAGACAUCAAUAGCAGACGUUGGAAUGGGAAGACAGCAUUGGGGCUCUCAGCACAGCGGGCACCUAGAGAAGUGUUUGACUUCAUAUUGAGAAGAGGAGGUGGAAAGCAGUUCUCUCCUGAAAGAUACAUACAAGAUAAACCAUGUGACCAGGAGGGCAGGUCAAUGGACAACCAACUUCACGAUGCAUGCUGCGAGGGGAACCUGAACAUGGUGAGACGUAUCUUGUCUGAAGGACAGCUGGAUGUCAACAGCAGGGACCGGCGGGAAAGGACACCGGUGAUGGCGGCAGCAUGCGCAGGACAUAAGGACGUCGUAAAACUUCUCAUAAAUGCAGGAAGUAAUGUGUCACUUGUUGAAGAUCAUGGUUACAACAUUUUUCACAUAGCCACUUGUAUAGGACAGGUGGCGAUGGUAAAGUAUAUCUUAUCACAGAAUAUCCUUGACAUCAACAGUAGAACGAAGUGCAACAGGACACCUGGGAUGAUGGCAGCAAACAGGAGUUAUAGAAAUGUGCUUGCCGUUCUUGUAAGUGAAGGAGCUGAUGUGUCAUUGAGAGAUCAACGUGGUAACGACAUCCUACAUUAUACCUGUGCUGGGGGACAGGUGGAGAUGGUGAAAUAUGUCCUCUCACUGAACAAGGUAGACAUCAACAGAAGAGGACAACACGGGUGGACAUCAGUGAUGGUGGCAGCAAUACUGGGAAACAGAGAAAUGUUGGACUGUCUUAUAAGUAAAGGGAGUAAUGUGUCACUGACAGCAAAUAAAGAUACCAACAUCCAUCAUGCGGCUUGCAUUGGGGGACAUUUGGAGAUGGUUAAAUACGUUGUCUCUCAGGAUUUUGUAGAUAUCAAUAGCAGACGUUGGAAUGGGAAGACAGCAUUGAUGCGCUCAGCACAGCGGGCACAUAGAGAAGUGUUUGACUUCAUAUUGAGAAGAGGAGGUAAUAUGUCAAUGGUGACUUAUAAAGGCGAAAACAUCCUUCACUUGGUCUGUAAAAACACUAAGGGAACCCUAGACAUGGUUAAGUAUAUCUUUUCAAAGAACCUUCUGAACAUUAACGCCAGGACCAAACAAGGGGACACAGCAGCGUUGAUUGCAAAACGAAGAAAGAACAGUGAAGUGCAUAACUUUCUCGUGUCGCAUGGUGGUCUAUAG